AUGGAGUCUGCUCUCUCAACUAGAUUACAAUCGUCGUUCCAUCACCGGAAAAAUCCAUUUUUUAAUCCAUCCAGUUUAAACCUUAUCAACUCAAACCCCUCUUUCCCCCUAUCAAAACAAUUUAGACAAUCCGCAGUUAAAAUCAAGGCCUCCGCCGCUUCCGAUGCCACUAAACCCACAAAUAACCCCUUCAUACAAAGCCUCAAGCUCGCCGCUCGCGCCAUCGUAUUCUCCGCCACUGCCGCUGUCGUUAUCUCUAAAUUUCAACAAUACCCCGCCAUGGCCGAACCCAGUAUCCAGAGUGUCGUAACAACAGAACCCGCAACACCUGAAGAAAGUCAAGAAACCCUUUUACCGGAGUUUCUGGAGUCGAACUCCGAAGCGAUUUCCGCCAUGAAAACUUUACUCGAACAGAAAUUAGAAGCAGGGGAGGAUGAAGAGAGCUUAAAAAUCUUGAAAAAACUCGUUUCUGCCCAACCCGAAAACAUCGACUGGAAAUUCCUGAUGGCGAGAUUGUUGAAUGAAAUGGGCGAGGUGGAACCUGCUCGAGCUGCAUUGGAAGAAAUUCUGACGCAAAAUCCACUUUCUUUCGAAGCAUUAUUUGAGAACGCAUUAUUGAUGGACAGUUGUGGAGAGGGUGAUGCAGUGAUCAAGAGAUUAGAAAAAGCUUUGGAGAUUGCAGAGGAGGAAAAUAAGGAGAAAGAAGCAAGGGAUGUACGCUUGAUCAUAGCUCAAGUUCAGUUUUUGCAGAAAAACAUUGAUGAAGCAUUGAGGAGCUAUGAUGAGCUUCUUAGUGAAGACCCAAAUGAUUUUCGACCAUAUUUUUGUAAAGGAAUGAUAUAUAGUUUGAUGGACAAGAACGAUGAAGCUAAAGUUCAGUUUGCCAAGUAUCGUGAGCUUUCACCCAAGAAGUUUGAGGUGGAAGGAUACAUUCGAUCACCAUUGUCAAGAAUGAAGCUUUUUGGGACUGAUGACCAGAAUUGA